AAUGAAUGAUAUUAAGGGAAGGUGGGCCACAUUGGGGGAAGAAGAAAAAAAGAAGUAUGUUGAGGAGGCAGCAGCACUGAGGGCACAUGGGGAGGCACAGGACCUAAGCCCUGAGAUGAGGGAUGCCCGGAUAAAAAUGCACCUCAAGAAGAUGAAGUUAGAGGUGUCCAAGCUUGAGGAGUUGGGUGUGGAAACAGCCAUCUUGUCCUUUGAUCGUCAAAAGUCCUCAUUAGAGGUUUUUGAAAUGAGCAGCAGAGGAGCCACUGAUUUCCUUGAUAAAUCUGACACAGUGAACAACUUUGCACUGCAUUUCAAAGCCAGCUCCUCAGCCGCAAUGCCCAGUGCCAGAGAACACGUCACUGUUUUGGUGGGAAAAGUAAAAGAUCUCUUCAACCAAAAAUACAAGGAGGCCGGAGGUACUGGAAGGGUCCCCUACCAGUCCCUAGUGAAUCAGGGCUUGGUCAUUAGAGUUUCUGGACUGCCCAAUAGCCUUACCCUGAAAAAGCCUUCCUUUUAUGGAAGGAACCAAUUGGUAGGAAUAUUGCAAGCAGCAGAGGAGAUUACGUUUGAAAUAGACCAUUUGGCUCUAUACAAAGUGGUGAAAAUCUGA